AUGGCAUCGCUGCCGCCACUGCUCUGUCUCUGUGCCGCUGCUGUGCACCUGGCGGGGGCCCGAGAAGCCACCCUUUCCGAGGAGCCCACCAGGACUUCCUGGAGCCUGGAAGGACGGCGGCUGCACCCUGGCCAGCCAUCGCCAGCCCUGGAGGACUGGGAAGAGGCCAGCGAGUGGACGUCCUGGUUCAAUGUGGACCACCCGGGCGGCGACGGCGACUUCGAGAGCCUGGCUGCCAUCCGCUUCUACUACGGGCCAGCGCGCGUGUGCCCGCGACCGCUGGCCAUGGAGGCGCGCACCACGGACUGGGCCCUGCCUUCCGCUGUCGGCGAGCGCGUGCACUCGAACCCCACGCGCGGCUUCUGGUGCCUGAACCGCGAGCAGCCGCGCGGCCGCCGCUGCUCCAACUACCACGUGCGCUUCCGCUGCCCGCUCGGGAAGGAAGCCUCAUGGGGUGCUUGGGGCCCGUGGGGUCCCUGCUCAGGGAGCUGUGGGCCCGGCCGUCGCUUGAGGCGCCGUCGCUGCUCCAGCUCCACUGGAGAUGCAUGUCCGGGGCGUCCCCUGGAGGCGCAGAAGUGCGUGCGUCCUCGGUGUCCAGGGUGUACCCCUGACACCUGUGAAUGCCCUGACCACACCCUCCUGGGCUCCGUGACCACCGCAUCUGGGCGGCCACUGCCUGGAGCCAGGGUCUCCCUACGGGGCCGACCUGGCACCGUGGCCAUCAGCGAUGCCCAUGGAACUUUCCGGGUGCCCGGAGUUUGCGCCAGCAGCCAGGUGAACAUCAGUGCCCACCUGGAUGGCUUCUCCGGGGGUGUGGCCCGGGCCCGGGCUAACAGUUCCCUUUCCGCUGUGGUCACCGUAGUCCUUAAUGAGUUGGAGAAGCCCUACCUGGUGAAGCACCCUGAGUCCCGAGUACGAGAGGCCGGCCAGAACGUCACCUUCUGCUGCAAAGCUUCAGGGACCCCUAUGCCCAAGAAGUAUUCCUGGUUCCACAAUGGGACCUUACUGGACAGGCGAGAGCAUGCUUAUGGGGCUCACCUGGAACUUCGGGGACUGCGGCCAGACCAGGCAGGCACCUACCACUGCAAAGCGUGGAAUGAGGCCGGUGCCGUGCGCUCCCACACUGCUCGGCUGACUGUGCUCGCCCCAGGUCAGCCAGCCUGCGCCUCCCAGCCCCGAGAGCACCUUAUCAAGUUGCCAGAUGACUGUGGUCAGCCCGGCAGCGGCCCGGCUUACCUGAACGUGGGACUCUGCCCUGACACCCGCUGUCCCAGCCCGGCAGGCUCCAGUCCCCGGUGUGGGGACGCGGCCUCCCGCUGCUGCUCCGUGCGCCGCCUGGAGAGCAGAGAGAUCCAUUGCGUUGGCUACGUCCUCCCGGUCAAAGUGGUGGCGGAGUGUGGCUGCCAGAAAUGUCUACCCCCUCGGGGGCUUAUCCGAGGCCGGGUGGUGGCCUCAGACUCUGGGGAGCCCCUGCGCUUUGCCCAGAUCCUGCUGGGCCGGGAGCCCCUUGGUUUUACCUCCUACCAAGGCGACUUCACCAUGGAGGUGCCCCCUUCCACGGAGAGGCUGGUGGUGACCUUCGUGGACCCCAGCAGAGAGUUCAUGGACACUGUCCGGGUCCUGCCCUUUGAUCCUCGAGGUGCCGGGGUGUACCACGAGGUCAAGGCCAUGCGUAAGAAAGCCCCCGUGCUCCUGGAUGGCCGCCAGAGCAACACGAUCCCCCUCGGGGAGCUGGCAGGCGAUGCGCCCUUGGGGGAGCUGGUCCUGCCACCUGGAUCGUUCCACCGCCCGGAUGGCCAGCCUUACGAGGGGACGGUGGAAGCCCGGGUGACAUUCGUGGACCCCCGAGACCUCACCACGGCAGCAGCGGCCCCCAGUGACCUGCGCUUCGUGGACCGCGAUGGCGAGCUGGCCCCGCUGCGCACCUACGGCAUGUUUUCCGUGGACCUCCGCGCGCCGGGCUCAGACGAGCAGCUGCAGGCGUGGCCCGUGGCCGUGCGCGUGGCUGCCAGCCAGAUCCGCAUGGCAGGCCACGCCGAGGCCUUGCAGCUCUGGUCGCUGAACCCUGAGACCGGCUUGUGGGAAGAGGAGAGUGGCUUCCACCAUGAGGGGUCCUCGGGCGCCCGUGUCCGCCGGGAGGAGCGCGUCUUCUUGGUGGGCAACGUGGAGAUCCGCGAGCGGAGGCUGUUCAACCUGGACGUGCCCGAGCGCCGCCGCUGCUUCGUGAAGGUUCGCGCCUAUGUCAAUGACAAGUUCAGCCCCAGCGAGCAGGUGGAGGGCGUGGUGGUCACCCUGGUCAACCUGGAGCCCGCCCCGGGCUAUGCAGCCAACCCACGCGCCUGGGGACGCUUUGACAGUGCUGUCACCGGCCCCAAUGGCGCCUGCCUCCCCGCCUUCUGCGAUGCAGACCGGCCUGAUGCAUACACCGCCCUGAUCACCGCCACCCUGGGCGGCGAGGAGCUGGAGCCCGCGCCCUCGCGUCCCCGGGUGAGCGCGGCCACCGUGGGGGUCACCCAGCCUUACCUGGACAGGCUAGGCUACCGCCGCACGGACCAUGACGACCCCACCUUCAAACGCAAUGGCUUCCAGAUCAACCUGGCCAAACCCAGGCCAGGGGACCCCUCGGAGGCCAAUGGCCCGGUGUACCCAUGGCGCAGUCUGCGGGAAUGCCAGGAGGCCCCGGUCAAUGCCAGCCACUUUCGCUUCGCCCGCGUGGAGGCUGACAAGUACGAGUACAACGUGGUCCCUUUCCGAGAGGGGGCACCGGCCUCCUGGAGCGGUGACCUCCUGGCUUGGUGGCCCAACCCGCAGGAGUUCCGGGCCUGCUUUCUCAAAGUGAAGAUCCAGGGACCCCAGGAGUAUAUGAUCCGCUCCCACAACGCAGGGGGCAGCCACCCGCGCACCCUGGGCCAGCUUUAUGGGCUACGGGAUGCCCGGAGCGUGCGCGACCCUGGGCGUCCUGGCAUCUCGGCCGCCUGCGUGGAGUUCAAGUGCAGCGGGAUGCUCUUCGACCAGCGGCAGGGGGACAGGACGCUGGUGACCGUCACGCCCCAGGGCAGCUGCCGCCGGGUAGCAGUCAACGGGCUCCUUCGAGAUUACCUGGCCCGGCACCCUCCACCCGUGCCCUCCGACGACCCCACUGCCUUUGCCAUGUUGGCACCCCUGGAUCCUCUGGGUCACAACUACGGCGUCUACACCGUCACCGACCAGAGCCCGCGUCUGGCCAAGGAGAUCGCCAUUGGCCGCUGCUUCGACGGCUCCUCCGAUGGCUUCUCCCGAGAGAUGAAGGCUGACGCUGGGACAGCUGUCACCUUCCAGUGUCAAGAGCCACUUGCCGGACGGCCCAACCUCUUCCAGAGGUUGCUGGAGUCCCCGGCAUCGGCGCUUGAGGACAUCCGUCGGGAGAUGGGCGAGGUGGCCCGGGCACAGGCGCGAGGCCCUGGUUCCACACGCGCCCGGCGUGGUAGGGCCCAGCAGUGACCCGGAUCUGUCACCUCUCUCCCCUGCCUCUCACGCUGGACUCUGUCCCCACUCCCGGGAAAUCCUGCCCCCUGCUUCUGCCUCCUUCCCCGU